CAGAACCUGGCUGUUCAGUUGUUCCAUUCAGCGCUAUUUUCUAAUUGCUCAUUUCGGCACCAUCUUUUGUUGUGCCGACGAGAAAGAGUCACUUGCGUCACAAGCAAGCUUACCAGGAACUGUCUACAAUGACGAUCAUAAUGUCUAUAAGAAGUAUAACACAAUUAUCGUCUAGUUCCCCCUUUCUCUCAUCAAACUUACUCCAGCACUUACCUGGCAUCCGCUCCAUUGCAACUUAUAGAACCCUUCAGAAAGCAGUUGUGUUCACUCACAUUCGAUAAUACAAACUGUGAACAAACAGUACGGCCAGCCCAAAAAAGCAGCUGUUUCUUCGGGAAAUAUUUUCCAAAAUGGACCCAAGUGCUCAUGCCGGAGAAUAUAACUGCUGCCCAGAUGUCGAACCCCCACCUGCCUAUUCUCCGCCGUCCUUGACGGACGGCUCCUGGGAGCAUUUUCCCGAUGGCCAUAACGAUGGAGACGUUAAGUCCACAGCAGAUCAUUCAUCUCUUCUCGAGAAAGAACCUCUCAUCAGGCCAGCGGAGUCAGGAGAGCCUGGUUUUGCCACAGAGUCUGCUUUGCGGAGAGGAUUACAAGUCCCCACGAAAUCGCGCCACAUCACGUCGGGCUUCGAAUAUCCCACAGUACUAGCUCGUUAUGACAUCCCAGAAGUCGACUGGGCUCGUUUCACUGGCGAAAUCACCAACACAGCCGCCAUGUCUCGCCGCCAAUGGACCACGGCUAUUGGAAGAGGUCUUGGGACAUUUGCUGUCGGCGGAUUACUGAUCGGAUUUAUGGGAGCUGUCCCUGCCGUGGUGGUGGCCAAGAAGGUGCGUGAGCAUCGCGAACAACAGAAUCUGGCACAAGCCAUGUCGCCUGGCAGUACUUCUUCCCUGCCACGGAAGAUCGAGCUCUGGAAUGAAUCCUACUUCAAGCCACGUGGGAUCAUAAUCCGAGUUGAUCUCCCAUUCGAAGACAUGGCGGACAUCGACUUCAUGGACGUCAGCACAAGCGAAGACUAUAAAGAACAGUAUCAGUCCCGACGGCCAUCUCUAGACGAGAGCACUGGCCUGUCGCACGCACGAACGAACAGCUACGACGAAGGUACUGCCCGAGCCAAAGCUUCUCGUAGAGGCCGAAUUGUCAUCAUCCCUCUCGAUGCAAGGAUGGAUUCGACGUCGCGCUCUCCUUCCACAAUGAGCUUGCAAGAACAAGAUGAUCACCUAGAUCAGGGUGGUGGGCGGGGAGCGCGGCAUCAGGGGUUAUCGUCACCGGCAGAGUAUGGGAGGGCUAGGAAGACCAGCCGUUACGCGUCGGAACCGUUACCGUAGAAUUCAUAUUAUGGUCGUGGUAUUAUUUUUCUUCUGUGUCUUUAUUUCCAUAUGCGAUCAUCUUGUUGGUUAG